UUCAGUGUUAGGGAAGCCGCCGGACCCGCACGACCUCCCUCCAUCACGCCCGUUUUCUCGCUUAUUUCCCCUUUAAAACGACAAAAUGGAAGGCUUCGACGACCCCGGCAUCUUCUUCUCGGACAACUUCUCCUCGGAGGACCAGCAGGACCAGAGUCAGAUCAAUUUACAGGCCGUUAAGAAGAAGUUCAAGGAGUUCCUGCGGCAGUUCCACGAAGGCAACUUCAACUACAAGUAUAGGGAUUCGCUUAAGCGCCAGUAUAAUCUCCGCCAGUUUUACCUUGAAGUCAGCCUCGAAGAUGUGGCAAGUUUUGACGAGACCCUGGCAGACAAACUCAAGAAGGCCCCCACGGAACACUUGCCUCUGUUUGAGGAAGCAGCCAAGGAGGUAGCAGAUGAGGUGACAGCACCCAGGCCUCAAGGAGAAGAGAAAGUUGAAGAUAUUCAAAUAACACUCACAUCUGCCUCAAAUCCUGUUGAUGUCCGCAACCUGCAGUCUGAAGAAGUUAGCCGACUGGUGAAGGUAGCUGGUAUUGUGGUUGCAGCCUCAGGAGUGAAGGCCAAGGCUCUGACACUAACUGUGCAGUGUCGUUCCUGCCAGACCACCAUCCCAAAUAUUCCCGUCAAGCCUGGUCUCGAAGGUUACCAAAUGCCAAGAAAAUGCAACACAGAGCAAGCAGGUCGUCCGAAGUGUCCCCUUGACCCCUUCUUCAUUGUCCCUGAUCGGUGCACAUGUGUGGACUACCAGGUUCUGAAGCUUCAGGAAGUACCUGAGAAUCUGCCACAGGGAGAGAUGCCCCGUCAUCUCCAACUCUAUGUUGACAGGUCUCUCUGUGAGCGUGUUGUACCUGGGAACCGAGUCACAGUUUUGGGUAUUUACUCAAUCAAGAAAAUUGGUAAAUCCACAAGAGGUGCAAGAGACAAGGUUGCUGUAGGUAUUCGUGCCCCAUAUCUCCGAGUGGUGGGCAUCCAGUGUGACCAGGAGGGCCGUGGCUACACCUCUGGCAUUUCCAUUUCUGCCAGUGAGGAAGAAGAAUUCCGUCGCCUUGCACAGUCCAACAAUGUCUAUGAGAGGAUUGCAAGAAGUGUUGCCCCCAGUAUCUAUGGAUCUGAAGAUAUCAAAAAGUCUGUAGCUACCUUGCUCUUCGGUGGUUCUCGCAAGCGUCUCCCUGAUGGCUUAACAAGGAGAGGAGACAUCAAUGUUUUGCUUCUUGGUGAUCCUGGUACAGCCAAGUCCCAGCUCCUAAAGUUUGUGGAACGUGUUGCUCCAAUUGCUGUCUACACAUCUGGCAAAGGUUCUUCUGCUGCUGGUUUGACGGCAUCAGUCACAAGAGAUCCAGUUACGAGGAACUUUGUGAUGGAGGGUGGAGCUAUGGUUUUGGCUGAUGGCGGUGUUGUGUGCAUUGACGAGUUUGACAAGAUGAGAGAAGAUGACAGGGUUGCAAUUCACGAGGCUAUGGAACAGCAGACCAUCUCCAUUGCCAAGGCUGGUAUCACAACCACCCUGAACUCCCGCUGCUCAGUGAUGGCUGCAGCUAACUCUGUCUUUGGACGUUGGGAUGACACCAAGGGAGAAGAAAAUAUUGAUUUCAUGCCUACCAUUCUGUCUCGAUUUGACAUGAUCUACAUCGUCAAGGAUGAGCAUGAUGAAGGACGAGAUACGACUUUGGCCAAGCACGUUAUGAAUGUUCACUUGAAUGCCUUAAAAACCACUGAUGACACUCCUGAGGGAGAGCUGUCACUGAAAUUCCUGAAGAAGUACAUCAGUUACUGCAGAGGCCGUUGUGGACCUAGACUUUCUGAGAGUGCAGGAGAAAAACUGAAGAACAGAUAUGUUUUGAUGAGAGGAGGAACUCGUGAAGCAGAAAGCAACUCUGACAAGCGUCUGUCCAUCCCCAUCACUGUCAGGCAAUUGGAGGCUAUUGUUCGUAUUUCCGAAUCAUUGGCUAAGAUGCGACUGGAGCCUUUUGCAACAGAGAGUGAUGUUGAUGAAGCCCUGAGGCUCUUCCAGGUCUCCACACUGGAUGCUGCGAUGUCAGGCUCUCUAACAGGUGCUGAGGGCUUUACCACAGAGGAAGAUCAGGAAAUGCUGUCUCGCAUUGAAAAGCAGCUGAAGAAGAGGUUUGCCAUUGGUUCACAGGUUUCAGAACAUGCCAUUGUUCAGGACUUCCUCAGACAGAAAUACCCAGAGCGUGCUGUAUACAAGGUAUUGCACUUCAUGAUCCGGCGUGGGGAGCUCCAGCACCGUCUUCAGCGCAAGAUGCUUUACAGGAUCAAGUAAAUACCCUGUGAUCACAUUAGUUUAAGUUCAUUUUACUUUCUUAAUAAACAGUGUAUAAAUUUUACCUAUGUUUAUGGUUCAAAACAAGAUCAUUAUGUAUGGCUUACUGAAUCAGAAUGUAUAUACAUACUCUUUUAUAACUUUUGCUACUUGGAAAAAGGAUUGUAUCAGAAAGAAUGUAAUGGCUAUGAUACCUGCCUCCUUGAAGUGGAUCUGCCUGUUAAACAGUACCUAAGACCAGUGAUACAAAAAUGUUAUGUUUAGAAACUCGAUCAGAUUUUCUUUUGUUAAUAAAAAUAAU